AUGGAUUUCGGUCGUGAAAAGCCUGUGACUCUGUUCUCCAGUGAGGGCAACCUAGGGCAGUGUGACAAUGCCCUCAGGGCUGCAGUGAAUGGCAGUUUGUCGAUUGGAGCAAGUGCAGCCGACGGCGCUGUUCUGAUGUCUUUUAAGGACGUGCCUUCUCUUGUUAUAAAGGAGGAGGUGAGGAAGGUAUUCAAGAUCUGUGAUACAAUAGGAUGUACCUACUCUGGACUCCAACCUGACUGCCGGCUUCAAGUAAAUAUAGGGUGCCAGAUAGCAGAAGAAUACUAUGAUGUGUAUGGGAGGUACCCAGAUGUGGAUGUAUUUAUUUCACACUUUUCCUCUGUUGUACAAGAAUAUACACAGAAGAGUGGAUACAGGCCUUUUGGAACACUUAUGAUAUUUGCAGGGCCUGUGAAAGGUGUUCCAAGGCUCUAUCAAGUGGAUCCAAGCGGGUCUUAUCAAACUGCAGAUGUCUGCACCUCUGGAACGGGGUACAGCGAGGCAAAGAAGUUCAUUAAGAGGAGGCUGGAGAGCCUUGACGACAACAUAGUUAAUUGUGUAUCCUCGAUGAGGGAGUUUGCGGGUAAGGAAGUUGGCCCCGAGGAUAUCGACAUUGGGGUGUAUUAUAAGACAAAGAAUGUAUUUAAGACAUUCACUCUUGGCGAGGUCAGGGAGGUGUUUGACUCCCUAAGCAAGAGCUAG